AUGGAGGGUACAGACCAAAAGAUAUGCAGCUUCAUCAAUGAUACAAAUGAUCAGCUGCAAAAUCCAAGAACCCAUAAGCAAUCCCAUUGUCUUUCUUUUGCAAAACUUGCACAGAAUUACCCUCCUGGUUUUCCAAGAAUGGUAUUUGCAGAGAUAAUAGGCACCUAUCUGUUGGUUUUUUUGGGAAGUGGUGCUUCUGCUCUUAAUGCUAUUGAUGAAAACAAAGUCUCAAAACUGGCAGGUUCACUUGCAGGAGGAUUCACUGUAACGGUGAUGAUUUAUGCAAUUGGACACAUCUCUGGGGCACACAUGAAUCCUGCAGUCUCCUUAGCUUUUGCCGCCGUGAGGCGUUUUCCUUGGAAACAGGUCCCAUUUUACAUUGCAGCUCAACUCACAGGAGCUAUUUCUGCUUCAUAUACGGUGAGAGCGCUGUUAGAUCCAGCAAAGCAGCUUGGGGAAACGACACCUUCAGGAUCAGACAUUCAAGCACUAAUCAUGGAAAUGGUUUCCACCUUCACCUUGAUGUUCAUAGCCACUGCCGUGUCCACCGACAAAAAUGCUAUAGGAGAGCUGGGAGGACUAGCCGUUGGUUUUUCUGUUAGCAUAGCAGGCAUUGUCGCCGGGCCAAUAUCAGGGGGAUCAAUGAACCCAGUAAGGACAUUAGGUCCUGCAAUUGCUAGUGCAUCCUACAAGGGACUUUGGGUGUAUAUGGUUGGACCAGUUACUGGGGCAAUUUUAGGUGCAUGGUCUUACACUGUGAUUCAGGGCACUGAUAAGCCAGCUUCUGUAAUUUCACUAUCUUCCUUUCCGUUCAAGCUGCGCCAGAGGAUGAAUGAAACUGAGCUAGUUCGUAACAACGACCACCUCACCUCGGUUUGA